AUGCUCAUGGCAUCACCUGAGCUCGCUGAGCUUUACAAAAAUACUUGCCGUUUCGCGGACGAACCAUACAGUGUUGAUAAAACGGCAGCCACAAAGAACAUAUAUUUUCUUGUGGGCGGCAGAACAAAGACGGAAACCAUGGGUAUCGGUGGUCCAUGGACGCGCUUCAUGGAAAUUCGCUACUAUCGAUGCGCUAAUAGCAAGGCGCCCACGUUGGUUGAGGAUGAGGAGGAGCGCGAUAUACUUGAGGACAAACAGGAAGCCGUAGUUUUCAUGAUUCCAAACAUCUCCCAUCUGAUGCCGCCCGAUAGCGAGUGGGAAAAGACCAAACAGUUUAUGUCAGCGGAAGGUGAACCGACUCACUUCUCUAAGCUGGACGUGAACACUAUGAAGGUCAAUGAUUUGCGGGCUGAGCUUGCCGCUCGCCAUCUGGAUAUCAAAGGUGUCAAGGCCAGUUUACUUGCUCGCCUUCAGACUGCGUUAGAGGAGGAGAAAAAGGCUGAGGUGGGGGAACCGAAGCCCGAAGAGGCGCCUAAAACGACCGAGGAUACACCCACUAAACCGGCUGCUCCCUCGGGCCAGCCAAAGGAAGAGUCCAAGGAAAUUUCUGAAAAAGACCGUCGCCGCUUGGAGCGUCUCUAUCGUUUGGGGGAUAAGCCGGCAAUCCUUGUUUUCCCUAACAGGGCUGCUCGUGGUGGUCGAUUCGAUUGUCAUCGCGUCUCACUUCACUCACUUCUCAACUAUCAAUCUGGGGAACAAAAGGAACACAAUUUCGAAGUUUCUCUAUUUGCGGAACAGUUCCAUGAAAUGUUGCAGCGUGAUUGCGCCUUCAACAUCUUCAAAGCUAUCUACAGCGCUCCCGAAAAGGACCCUAAAGAGGCAAAACCUGAACAAAAUGGGGUCUCGCGUGAUGGUUCCGAUGAGCCAGAGUCCAAACGGCGAAGGAAUGAGAGUGAAAGCAGUCAAACGAACGAUGACGAAACCGGAAAAGUUCGGCGCCUGCGUCGGACGGUUGACCCCAAACUCUUGUUCUCUUUCGUUUAUUUCGACAGUGGCCUUUCGGGUUUCAUUCGAGAUUACGACUUGGUAGAUAUCCUCCACUUGCUGAAUCUCGCCUAUUCGAAAUCCCAAAUGAAAAAGCUGGUUGCAAAGGUAACUACGCGUCGGGACCACGUACAGUACCGUAACCUGACUGACAAGGACAUUGUCGAAGGCGAUACAAACGACGUUAUUUCACUAAAACUGGAAGAAAAUGAUCCAGAGUUCCUCCGCGACUUGGCUGCCGGCAACGAUCUCUUGUUCGGUGGUGACAAACCACAAGUUCCGCCGAAGGCUGUCGUUGUAGGCUCUGCUGGCGACGCCAAACUUCUAGAGAGAGUGCAGGCUGCUGAAGAAGUUAAAAGAUCGACAGAGUUCCAGUUCUUCCAGAUAAAGGACGAAUUAGAGAAAACGCGCGUUAAGUUGAACUCUUGCAAGGACACAGAGGAGAAGCUCCGCGGUGAGAACCGAGAUCUGCAGAUCAGGCUAAAGGAAGAGCAGAAAUCUAGCCGCGACAACAAAGUCCUGGUGGGCACGUACAACCAUCUACUAAAGCACUCGAGAGAUAUGAUGUCAAACGCUGUUGUUGAAAUCGAUAAGCAAUUUGAAAAGGAAAAGGCCAAACGUGAAGCCGAAAAAGCAGCAGCUGAAGCAGAAAAAGCCAAGGCUGAGGCCGAGAAAGCGGGUGAGGGAAAGACUGAGCCGGAGGGGGAGAAGAGUGAGGAGAAGGAAUGGGAGGUUGUUGAUCAAGUGUAA